AUGGAGGACCCACCGUAUGUCGCAUGGAUGAAAGAGCAGAAGAAGCAGGGGAAGCCGUCCCCUUCAAUCAAGCGUAUGGCAAAGGCCAAGCGUGACUCCGCCGGCGCAUCCACUAGCGGGGGCGCACGGCGUGACUACGACGAUGGCGCCGACACUGACGUCAGCGACGACGAUCUCGAAGAGAUCGUCUCGGAAUCAGGCAGCGAAGCCGAUUCCGACAACUACAAGGAUGGGAGCGACGACGACGGCCAGGAUGAGGACGGCGGCGAAGAGGCAAGCGGCGACGACCGCAACACACGCGCGUCGAAGAAGGAGAAGCGCCCGCCUGCACCGCGCAAUAAGCGGCAGUGGUCGGACGCCGAGCUGGCCACCCUCGCGGCCGCACGCUGGAACACAAAGGACGAUUUGAAAGCGAUGCAGGUUAAGCAAGGGAGUCAGUACUGGAUGAAACAGCGUGCACACAUCGUCGAAGGGGACGCCUCGUGGAACCGCGAUGAGGGGCAGAUGUCGAACGCGUGGAAACGCCUGGAGAAAAAGUACCUAAAAACGAAACGUUGUGAAGGGCAGAGCGGCGGGAAAGCGAUCAAGAAAAAGCCGUGGUGGGAGUACGUGUAUAAUCUCAAGAAGCACUCGGCCAAGGCGAAGGCUCACGCAAUGGACGGAGGAGGCGCCGCCACCGUGGACGUCCCUGCUUACGCCCCGGUGCUCGGCACCACCGAGCGUGAGACGUCGGGCCCAUCGUCUCUGGGACUCCAGCGCGAUCGCCGUCGGGCAAACCGAACGCCAGAAGCUGGUGACACUCCGCCACCCAAACGAAGGCGGGUAAACGAAACCGCCACUAUGGCAGCAGCAAAGCUGGUGAGCGAUGCCAUCAACUCCACCAACGCGAACGUGGCUGGCGUGCGAUUGCAGAUGGCCACACCGCACGCACAACAGGCUGCGCCUCAGACGACGCCGGACCUCACGCCACCUGUUGACACUACCGACGCCAACAUGGCGUUCUCGGAGGAGGUGGCGGAGCAGCCCGAGCCUUAG